AUGUUUUUUCUAUAUCAUUUAUUUCCUACAUCAACAGAGAGUACACUCGCUCUAUUGGAAUACAAGAAUAUCGAUAACAUCGGAAACAGAAUCUUUCAACCACAGUAUGCAUCAGAUCUAGACGAAUUGAUCAACAAAUCGGUAGUUAACACCAUCGUCUUCGGGGCUUCAGCAUCCAGGGGAAAUACAUCAGUCAAGACAUUUGCAAGAGGAGAGAAAUUCGAGUUCAUCCUAAAGCACGAAAACACAAACCUCACAGGUUCAGUGAGCUGCGCAUUUUGGGACUCGACCAACAAGACGGAGACGCCUUCGGGCUCCUGGUCAUCGAAUGGCUGCGUGGUCGUCAAGAGUAAUCGAACCCAUACCACAUGUGCCUGCGACCAUCUUACUAACUUCGCCAUCCUCCUCGACGUCACAGGCGUCUACCAAGAAAUAUCUGAUGCCCAUAUCACAGCUCUGGAGAUACUAACAAUCGUAGGCUGCUCUGUGUCCAUCGGUUGUCUUGCUAUCUGCGUCUUCGCCUUCAGUUUCUUCAAAUCACUACGGAAUACCCGAACAACAAUCCAUCGCAAUCUGUGUAUCUCCCUCCUGACGGCUCAACUUCUCUUCUUAGUCGGUGUGGAGAGAACGGAGAACGCUAUUGUAUGCUCAGUGAUUGCCGCCAUCCUGCACUACACCUUUCUGUGUUCCUUUGCAUGGAUGGCACUGGAGGGUAUUCAACUAUACAUCAUGCUGGUACACGUGUUCUCAACCAGUAGUAAGGUGUUACCAUACUACCUGGCAGGCUACGGUUUGCCCGCAAUCGUGGUUGCUGUAGCAGGCGGGAUAAGUAAGGGCGAAGGGUACGGACAAGAGCAAUAUUGCUGGCUGUCUACCGAUCGUGGAUUCAUCUGGAGCUUUGCUGGACCUGUCGCUUUCAUCAUCUUGGUGAAUUUCGUGUUCUUGGUAGUGUCUAUCCGUAUCGCCUACUCUGGCCGUGCUGCAGUCAGCAAGGACGCCACCAACUCACAGAAUAUCAAGAUAUGGAUCAAGGGGGCAGUGACUUUGACCUUCCUCCUUGGAAGCACAUGGGGUGUAGGGUUCUUCUUUUUGAGCGGGGCAUCUAUACCCAUGGCCUACGCCUUCGUCGUACUCAAUUCCUUACAGGGAAUGUUCAUCUUCAUCUAUCACUGUUUGGGUAACGACCGAAUCAAGAAGGAGAUGGCCAAGUUUCUACUUCGUCAGCCAUGCCUGCCUGAUUGUCUAAGGGUCAGACUCGAAGUUGUCGCUCGCGUCGGUAGCAAUGUGUACAGCUUAACUCAAAGCUCAACAGUAUCGACCAACAAGAAACCUGACACUGUUGCUCUUUCAGAGAAGAAGAAAGACGUGGUUCAUCCCGUGGUCUGUGUACAGGACGUCGAUGAGGAUGAUGGCAAGCCCAGGUCCUGGCUCUACAACCGUAAUGGAGCCGAGGAGACCAAGGUGAUUCCUCCCUCCGACUACCCUGAACCAGACUACUAUUAAGUCUACAGCGGAAUAAUUAUAUCCAAAUCAUAAGACCCGCUUUUAAACUGUCCAGACUCAAGACUUACCUUUUCCUUACGUUUACCUUUCCUGACAAGUGACGAUUCUAAAAU